AUGUCUUCCGAGCCGAGUUCCGAAGAGUCAACCCCUUUACUGCGCCAAAUAUCUACCCGAUCGGUUCGCUCCACUACGGAUCAUGAUCAUGAUCAUGAUGCACUACUCGGGCGCCAAAAUAUAGCGAUUCGCGUUUCUAUCAUCUGUAUUCUUUCAGUAUUGGUUGUUGAGAUAGGCGAUUAUUUAAUUCAAGCACCGUUGGCUCGUACUCUUGAAGAUGUAAUAUGUCGAGCGUAUUAUUCAUCAGCUCCUCUCUCUAAGUUUACCGCAGCACCUCCGCUUUCAAUUCCCGAAAGUCAUUGUAAGAAUGAUGUUAUUCAAGGGAAGUUGGCGCUGUUGAAGGGCUGGGAUCAAACUUUGAGUUGUAUUCCGGGAUUGAUUAUGUCGGUGCCGUUUGGGGUGUUGGCGGAUAAAGUGGGGAGGAAAGCGGUGCUGUUUACGAGUUUGAUGGGGAUUACUUUUAGUUUGGUUUGGAUUCAGGUUAUUUGCUAUUUUGACUCAUUUUUUGAUAUACGAUGGAUCUGGUCCGCAAACAUAUUUCUUUUUCUCGGAGGUGGUACUGCGGUUGCGAGAACUAUGUUUUACACGAUCAUUGCGGAUGUGGUGGCCGAAGAGAAAAGAGCUACAGUUUUCUUCCAAAUUACAGCAGCUUCUCUGACAGCCACCUUAGCUGGUGUGCCUUUAGCUUGGUGGCUGACAAACAUCUCGAAUCUACGAGUUCCCAUGAUGUUAGCGGUUUUGUUCAUGCUCUUAGGAGCCUCCCUGAUUUUGGUUCUUCCGGAAACUUUGCAUCUCAGGGAACAUCAGAUUGUUUCUUCGACAAACGCUGGUCCGGCACGAGCAGAAGCAGCGGAAGACGGGGAUAGCUCCACUGAUGAUGAAGGAGCUCUGAUCUUCUCAAAGAAGAAUUGGAGAAUGCUUCUGGAGAAGUUCGAGGAAUCUCGGUUUGUCUUCACAAAUUCAAAAUUGCUCGCACUCUCCGUUACAUUCUUUGUCCAAUCUUUACAUGGAAAUAUGACCCAAUUUCUUCUUCAGCUUGCUUCGAAAAGACUUAAUUGGACACUUGUUGAUGCAAGUUUCCUCAUACCUCUUGCCUCGAUCACGAAUUUCGCUCAAUUGGUAUUCGUUCUUCCUGCUAUUUACGCUAUCUUAUCGAGGUUUCACUUGCAAGCCGCUGUUAAGGACUUAUUGGUUAGUCGAGGUUCUGCUAUGUUUAUGACCCUGGGGUCAUUCGGACUUGCUCUAUCUGCCGCUCGAGGCCUGUUUGUUAUGUCAACGGUACUGUUUUCUCUUGGAUUAGGUUUGUUUCCAGCCAUUCGAUCUCUCCUCACCGACUUAGUGCACCCCACACAAGUCAGUCGAUUGUACGGUAUUCUCGCAGUUAUGGACACGAUUGGCGGAAUGAUUAGUAGCCCCUUAGUUGCAGGAGCGUUUAGUGAGGGUUUAAAGAAGGGAGGGUUGUGGAGCGGAGGAGGAUUUCUGGUCGCUGGAAUUGCAUACGCUGCUGCUGGGAUUCUAACUUUGUCUGUCAGUGUAAAGAAGGAUGAUAAUACUAACGACGAUAUCCAUGGGCCUGAUCAUUCUGAAACUCAGACAAUUCACCCCGAGCCACCAAGAUCAAAGCACAUCUUCAGACUUAUACAAAAUGUCGACCUCCGAGAUGUUUUCCUUUCAUUUUCUUACUCGAAUUUCGCUAUACAAUCUGCGAGAAAAAUGCAGCUUCCAACUGGUGUCAAUCGCAAAUAUGCCGCCUUAGCAGGCUUUGCUCUAGGACUGGCCUGGCUUUGGUUUGCUUUCGAUCGCCCUCGUGUUAUACCUACAUAUAUUAUCUGGAAUGCCAAUUCCGAUAACCCGCAAAAAAAUAUACCCCCUCCUACUUUAGACCAGCAAGAUGUAUUCGAUUUCCCGCACGUCAAUUCCGAGGUUAUGAAAGCAGUUUGUGCUACGCAAACAUGGAACUCGAGCAUCAUAUUUACAUGUGAUAGCAACGUAGGAGGAGUUGGACAUGUGCGAAAUUCGAUACUGAAUUGUGUGCGAUAUGCGAUUGGUGCAGGUGGUAGCUUGGUUAUGCCAAAUAUUAAGCUGAGGGAAGAUAUCCAUGAAUUGAAUAUGAUGCCGAACGAAGAAGAGGGGGAAUCACAUAUGGGAAAACGACAUGGGCUUGGUUGGAAGGGGAUGGAUUACAUGUUUGAUGCGCACCAUUUCAAGAGAUCGUUGAAGAUGUCAUGUCCUGAAUUGAAUGUCAUCGAUCAUAUGGAACAAACGGUGAAUGGGAGAAGACGCGGGCUUUUGCCUGAGAGCUUAUUUCUCAACCGGCCAACAAGUGGAUUGGAACAUCCAGAGGAAUGGCAGGAAAAGUUAAAUGUUUGGACCGAGAAGUAUAUGUCACCUACGCCACAAUCGAUACCAAUUGUGGUUGAUCUCGAACAAUCAAAUCUCAAAUACCCAACCCAUGCCGAUGGCCAUAUCUUCGCUCAUGAGUUCGGACAGAUCAUGAAAUUUCGACCCGAUGUCCGUCGACUCGCAACAUCGACCUUACGCCAGAUUUCAAGCUGGUAUGACGUAUCGCUCAAUGUCAGCUCAAUAAUUGUCACCCCUUCAUUCUUGGGCGUACAUUUGAAAACCGAACCGGAAGAAAUUGAUAAGCGACAUACUACUCCUGCUCCAUUCACGCACUACGAUGGUCAGGCCGAAGCAUAUAUUGCACUGGCUAAAUCAAUGAAAAACCCACUCAUCUAUGCUGCCUCUGGUGAUAUUGAUUCUACUCACAAGUUCGCGAGUGAAGCCAAGAGUCAGGGUAUUGAGGUUACGCACAAAGAGGAUCUCUUGAAGGAUCAUGAGCGAGAAGAGCUCUCUCAUCUUAGAUGGGACCAGAGAGCUUUGAUCGACUACCUUGUCGUUUUGCGAGGAGAAUAUUUUGCCGGUGUAGGACAUUCAUUAUUCUCGUGGAAUGUGAUGUUGAAGAGACAUGAAUCCGCAUUGUUGAAGCAGAAGUACCACAAUGAGACUUAUGCCGAUGAUCUAAGUAGUCUCUAUGGUGUCCCGUCUCCAUACGUCAUAAUUUCGAGAGAUCAUUGGAGCGAUAGCUUGCUCCAUCGAUGUACCAAACCGACGUCGGAUGGACUAUUUGCUCGCCAUGUUGAGAAAUCCGCCAAGCUACUCCUGUAUCGGAAGAGUUAUUGUUCCCUACAAGUCACGAUGAAACUCUCUACGAUUCUCACUGCAGUAAGCCUACUGAGCGGUGGCACUGCCCAAAGCACUACUAGUCCCGGUUAUGCUACUUUGAAUGGGACAUUUGACUAUGCCGGGCCCCACAAUCUACGAUACGACACCGGUAGCUAUGGACCUCCCGUCGAGGAAUUCCACUACUUCUACGAUCAAUGGCCUAUCGGCCUUGCCAUCUCCAAAACCGGUCGAGUCUUCACCUGCUAUACACGCGGUACAUAUGCCUACACACUUGGCGAAGUGGUGAAUCAAACCGCCGAAGCAGCAUACCCAUCCCUACAACUCAAUACUCCGCCAGGAGGCCUCUACAGCGAAUCAAAUGGCAUACAAUUUGGAUCUUCCCUGCAAGAUUAUUUUAUUUCGGUUCAAGCACUGUUCGUCACGCCGGAUGAUACCCUUUGGGUUCUGGAUACUGGUCGUCCUACAAUCAAUGAGAGUCAGGCUCCCAGUAUGCCAUAUGCAGUGCCUGGUGGACCAAAACUCGUCGCGAUUAAUUUGUCUAAUGAUUCGAUUAUACGCACGUAUACGUUUCCUUCCAAUGUCCAUUUUCCAGAUUCUUAUCUGAAUGACUUGAGAUUUGAUCAGCGAAGUAAUAUUACAGAAUUUGGAGGCGGGGUUGCGUAUUUAGUUGAUUCGAGUAAUGAGGGAAGAAAUGGAUUUAUCAUAUUGGAUUUGGGCACUGGAGAGAGCUGGAGGAUGUUAAGUCAACAUAAGAGUGUUUUAAAAGUGCAGGAAGAUGUGCCUAGUUAUAAUGGGAUACCAUUCUAUUUGAGAGAGACAGGAAUGGGUGUGGGAUUUCAGCAGGAGGGUUUGGAUGGGUUGGAGUUGGGGUUGUGGGGUGAUAUCCUCUACUACUCCCCCCUAACCUCCAACACUCUCUACAGCAUCCCCACCUCCUACCUCCUCACCAAUCCCUCUACCAACGCUCUCGCCCCCAAACUCGCAAUGGAUAACGUACACAACCUCGGCCAACGCGGCGGUAACGCCAAUGGCUUCGCUGCAGAUUCGCUCGGUAAUAUCUACAUGCUGAUGCCCUCCUCAAACGCAAUCUACAUCUGGAACAGCACAAUAUCUCAAGUAGUACCCUUUGUAAGAGAUCCGCGGAUCGUCUGGCCCGAUAGUGCAAAUGUUGGGUUUGAUGGGUAUCUUUAUUGGAAUAUUAAUCAGUUGCCAUAUCAGCCGGAUUGGAAUGGAGGGAUAGAUGGGAGGGUGGGGUGUAUGGAAAGAGAGGAGGAUGAGAAUUGGCGUAUCUUGGUUGGAAUAACGUCGCUUCUCAAUCUCGCUACGUCAUCGAAUAUCUUUGUAGAGCUGAAUAAGUGGAUGGAUAAAGCCGAAGGUGAUGCAAUGGGCUCAAGAUCAGACGAAUAG